AUGCCGAGAAAUGUUUUUGUCGAUAUUUCGAAAUUAGAGAAGAGAGAAAAAGAUCACAUAAAAACUGUGAUCGAGCGUGCGGAGUGGAUACCUGGUCAGCCGACCAGGUUCACACUGAGUAACUGCAUUCGAGCGCCUGUUGAGCCAUCGACUGAAACCGACCGCCGGGAGGUCCGCUUCUUCUCGCGCGUUGACAGUUUGAGCUUUCACAGCGUGUUCGCUGAAGAUCUUGGCAAGAACAAGCAGCCAUUCAUCAGUCCACAAAAGCCGAGUCCACGUAGAGUAAAUGAACUGCGCUCGACUCCGAAUGUUGAGAAACUAGUGAGGAAGAAGCUCGAGCGUCAGAGAUCUGUCUCUCUCGAUGACGAGCUUAUUCCUACGCGGAGACUGGAUAGCCGUAAGCUUCCACCACAGAAGCUGUUCAAGGACCCUCUGCGUCCUACGGGAGCCCUCAGCCAAGAAGAACCGAGAAAUUCGCUGAAGGUCGGCUUUUUUCCGGUCGAGAAUGGUAGCUUCUCUCUGGUGAUUGAGGACUGCAUCAUUAGCAGUUUGAUAAAGCCGCACUUGAAGCUGAAAUACAUUCCUUCCGGCAAGAAAAAACGUUUAGACCCUAGCGAAAUGGUGCCACUCGGCAACGGACUGAUGAAAUUAUCGUUUUGUCCAGUAACGUUAAAACGGCAGCUUUGGGAGGGCUUGAACUAUGUGCAGAUAAAGCUGAAAGAGACGGCAGUCCUUUUCUCGAACGAAACUUGCGGAGAACUAUUAAUAGAUGCUAGUAGUCAUGCUUUCCGAAACAAGACUGUCCGCUGUUUCUUCGUUCAGCAAAUCAAAAAUACCUUCAAAAAUUAUUACCGUGGAGGUAUUGAAGUAAGCGCGCGGCUCAGUGUCGAUCCCGAUGCGGCUCAGACAAUUAUUCUCGAAAUCGUCGUGGAAAGCGUGUUCAACUUACCAGCGGGUGCAAAACUUGUGCAAGUUGGCGCGAUGCUCUGGCCACUCGAAGAGAGCAUCAGAUUCAAAUCGGAAGCUGUGCAGCUCAAUGAGAAAAGGCGUGCUGACAUUGGACACCAGUUCUCUUUUCAUCUGAAUUCGACAGUAUACAAAAAGAACCGCGACAUGCUUGGCAUCUAUCUGGAAAUUAUGGAGGUCAAGCUGCACGGAGGCAGACUUCAAAACUACGAGGAAGUCGGACACACGAGAAUCUGCGCCACCGAUCCGAAGUCAAAGGUCUUCCUCAAGAAGCUCAAAAACCGCGUCGGCCAAUGGCACAGAGAGACAUUUCUCGUCACGAUGCAUUAG